AUGUCUAAAACAGUUUUGAUCACCGGCUGCAGCCAUGGCGGGCUCGGGGAGGCCAUGGCGAAAGUCUACCACGCCAAAGGCUUCCAAGUCUUUGCAACGGUCCGCAACAUGGCCAAAGCCGGAUCGCUGGCGGAUUACGAUGGGGUUGAGAUCCUCGAGCUGGAUGUGACAUCGGCCGAGUCGAUUCGGCACUGUGCACAGACUGUUGCGAAACACACGGGCGGGCGACUCGAUGUCCUGGUCAACAACGCCGGCGUGAACGCCAUCGUGCCGCUUCUCGACGCCUCCCUCGACGAGGCGAAGAAGGUCUACGAUACAAAUGUGUGGAGUGUUGUUGCCAUGGUGCAGGCGCUCGCCCCGAUGCUCAUGCAGGCCAAAGGCGUCGUGUGCAAUAUCAGCUCGGUGUCGGGCGAAAUGGUGUUUGCAUGGGCGGGUGUAUAUAGUAGCUCUAGAAGCGCUGGCACGCGCAUUUCCGAGACCCUGCGUCUGGAGAUGGCGCCUCUAGGCGUGCGCGUCGUCACCGUCAUCCUCGGCGGUGUCCAGACCAGUGGGAACGACCCGAACAAUAUCGCAGACCUGGAGCUGCCCCCCGGUUCGCAGUACCGGAAGAUCGCAUCGGUCAUUGAUCGUCAUAAGAAGACGAUGGUGCAUCCAAACAAGCAGAAGAUCGACAUCGCAGCAAAGAACGUGGUGGACGAUGUCCUCAACGGUCAUGGAAUCUUCAUUCGACGCGGCCAGGCUUCGACUCUUAGUUGGCUAUGCAACACCUUUCUUCCCUACCGGCUUUUUACUUGGAUGAUUAAUCGGGAAUGUCUCCGUCUUAAGAGAAAGUGUCAACCAUCAGAGUCGGCUCGCAGGCGUCAUGUUCCCAUGGCCGAAGAGUCCGAUGCGCGGAUCGCUCGACUAGAGGACAAAAUGGAGAGUUUACUGGCUGCCAUGCAAACCUUCACCAGUUCCUUUGGCCCACUGGCUGAGGCUAUUCAGCCCCUAUCUACGUCGAAUGCUGCUUUAGAAAACAUUCCGAGGACAGAUUUCAGUGCGAGACCAGCCCUGUCAAGUGCCACUGUAUCAACGCACCCAAAUCCAUCACUUCAGUCCCGUUCUUAUGCAGCAUCUCCCACUGCUUCACCGCCGAAUCAAGCAGAUGAACAGCUGGAAUAUUUUCGAACCCGAAUGCUGCCAUAUUUUCCGUUCAUCGGCCUUACUGAGACGACGACCCACGAUUUGCGCCAAAACAGGCCUUUUUUGUUACGAGCCAUCCACACCGUCACAACCCUCUCGACCCAGGAGAGGUUAAUUCAAGUUGAGGAGUUGAAGCGCCUCCUAUUCACAUCUGCAUUGCUUGAGGUCAAGUCCAGCAUGGAUAUGCUGCUUGGCUUACUGACGUAUAUUGCUUGGAGCACUGAUCCCUUUCUCGGCAGAGCGGAUCUAGUUUCUCGCCUCAUGAUGCUCGCGAUAUCAUUAGUAUACGAUCUGCGGUUGUUCAAACCGUCUUCACCGGACGUGCAAGUCAUGAUGGCUAUCUCCCAGGGAGAAGCCGAGGAGCCGAGCCAACACCUGAACGCUGAAACGCUGAGUAGUUUACUCGAAAAGCAGCGGGCAGUACUGGCAUGUUUCAUAUUGAGUUCCAAUCUUUCGUCUCACCUUGGCCGCCAAGAUGCCUUAAAUUGGACGCCCAGAAUGGAAGAGGCACUGCACAUUCUCACACUCAAUGGACCCUGCCCUACGGACAAGUUGUUCGUCUCGCAAGUACGCCUGCAAUUGUUGAAGCAAAAGGCGGAGAAUGUCCGGCAACUGGAGGAGACAGAAUGCGCCCACACAGGGACUGCUCCUGCUACGAUCUCACUUCCGCAAUUAUUGUAUCUCAAGACGCUACGCAGGCAGCUGCAAGAGCUCAGGUCUUCAUUCCCGAGUGAUCUUUCUCAAACAGCUUUUUCCAUGACACAGCCUCUAAAUAUCAGCGGACGACUGGGAUUCGAACGCCUGGAGUGCCUAUGGCAGUCGGUUGAAAACAUCAAAUCAUGGCUGGACAGCUUCGGCGCCAUCCACUGCUCUGAACUCAUCGGUCAACCCUUUCACUUUUGGUCCCAGAUGAUCAUGAGCCUCACGCUGCUGAAAUAUCUUUCGACCCUCCGAGACCCCGAAUGGGACUGCCAAGCGGUGCGGAACGCAGUUCCGCUCAUCUCGACGAUUGACUCUAUGCUACAGAAGCUGGAUCAGAGCAGGCAGCAGCCAGAGCUUCAAUGCAACGACCAUUUACUCCAUUAUAUAUCCAAGCUGCUAACACGAUGCCGGCUGUGGGCGGAAGCCCGGUGGGACAUGACUUGUCCGAUGCAGGAAGCGAAUGUCCUUAGUGCGAGGAGCCCUGACGCAACUAGUCACAAUUCCUAUAUCCCUGAUCUGGAUCAGAUAGCCUGGAUGCAGUCGAUGGAUUUGGGAGAUGAUCAGUGGUUUGACGAGGUACUAAGUAUACCCACGGCAUUUGAUUAG